CGGGCAAGGGCGGCGGAGAGCGAGCAGGUGUUCUGUGACUAGGGCAAGCCCCAGGUCCACGCGAGGAAGCAGACGAAGCAGCGGCCAGGCGGCCCCCGCAGCCCGGCAGCCCCUGCAACAUGGAUUACAAGUCCGGCCUGAUCCAGGAUGGCAGCGCCAUGGAGAACCUGGAGAAGCAGCUGAUCUGCCCCAUCUGCCUGGAGAUGUUCACCAAGCCCGUGGUCAUCCUGCCGUGCCAGCACAACCUCUGCCGGAAGUGUGCCAACGACACCUUCCAGGCUGCAAACCCCUACUGGGCCACCCGGGGUGGCUCGGUGUCCAUGUCCGGAGGCCGUUUCCGCUGUCCCUCCUGCCGCCACGAGGUGGUCAUGGACCGGCACGGGGUGUACGGGCUGCAGAGGAACCUGCUCGUGGAGAACAUCAUCGACAUCUGCAAGCAGGAGUGCUCCAGUCGGCCCCUGCAGAAGGGCACCCACCCCAUGUGCAAGGAGCACGAAGAUGAGAAAAUCAACAUCUACUGCCUCACGUGCGAGGUGCCCACGUGCUCCAUGUGCAAGGUGUUCGGGGCCCACCAGGCCUGCGAAGUGGCCCCCCUGCAGAGCGUCUUCCAGGGACAGAAGACCGAGCUGAGUAACUGUAUCUCCAUGCUGGUGGCGGGCAAUGACCGCGUGCAGACAAUCAUCACUCAGCUGGAGGACUCCUGCCGCCUGACCAAGGAGAACAGUCACCAGGUGAAAGAAGAGCUGAGCCGGAAGUUCGACGUGCUGUACGCCAUCCUGGACGAGAAGAAGAGCGAGCUGCUGCAGCAGAUCACCCAGGAGCAGGAGGAGAAGCUGAGCUUCGUCGAGGCCCUCAUCCAGCAAUACCGGGAGCAGCUCGACAAGUCCACCGCGCUGGUGCAGACGGCCAUCCAGUCGCUGGACGAGCCCGGGGGCGCCACCUUCCUCCUGAGUGCCAAGCAACUCAUCAAAAGCAUCGUGGAAGCAUCCAAAGGUUGCCACCUGGGGAAGACAGAGCAGGGCUUUGAAAACAUGGACUACUUCACGCUGGACCUGGAGCACGUCGCAGACACCCUGAGGGCCAUCGACUUUGGGACAGGUGAGGAAGAGGAAGAGUUCACAGAAGAAGAGGAAAAUCAGGAAGAGGAGGAGCCCGCAGAAGGGCAGGAAGAAGGACACCAGUAAGGAGCUGCGUGACCAAGCAACCCUCUGGAUGAAGAGAAAGGGGAGGGUGGGGAUGGGCCCAGCUGUCUUGAGACAGGCCCAGGGUGGGAGGGGUCGGGCCCCGGAGGGGAAUGGGAAGGCGGGUCUUCUGUGCUCAGAGCACAGGGACUGGGGUGGGAUCCCCACCACCGCGUCCAGCAGCCACUGAACCAGAAUCAGAAACAUGCUUGAGACAGUCACACCGGACACUUUUCUACCUGGUGCAAAAUGCAAUAUUUUGUACAUUUUUAAAAUGUGAUUUUUUUUUGUAUAUACUUGUAUAUGUAUGCCAAUUUGGUGCUUUUUGUAAAAGAAUUUUUGUAUGACAAUGCCUCCUCAUUGUGCGAACCCGCUGCCACGGUGGAAGGAAGCGCUUUCCCUGGAGCACUCAGGGCCUAGGAGGGAUGAUGUGCUGUACUCCGUGCCUCACCACACACGGGCACGUGAUGUUCCAUGUUGCUUUAAUAAAGGCACAGCGCUCUCUUCCUGUAGUCAGAGGACCCGGAGUUUCAUUCGGCCUCUUCUCCCGGAGAGAAGAGGUCAGGCGAGGGGAAGGUACACAGAAGGCUUUCAAAGCAGCAGCUCCCAGCCUCACUGGCCUUCAGGUGAUCCUCAGAUAAGAGGUCCGGUGUGGGCUUGCUCCUGGGGCUCCGGAAUGCAGAGUCUACGCUCAGGGUAUAACCCCGGGACAGACAGGAACAUGGAAACAGGAAGGAAAAUACAAGGUGGUGUUCAAAAACAAAAGCGAUGACAAUUUAGUUUAAGGAGUUUUGAUUUAUUUUUCUUUUUCUUUUU